CGAAAAAGAUUGUACCAACAAAAUCAACUAACCAUCCUACCCAAAAAGACAUCAAGUUGGCUUAUAGCCUUGUCGCUGAUGACUUAUUUGAUUCCUUUCGACAAAUGGAAAUAGGGCAAAGUGUAAAAUUAGGAGUCUUGGGUGUUUUUACCAAGUCCCAACGAAAAUAUGAUCUUGUUGGUUUAGAUGGAAAAAGACGUACUGGCUCCCGCUACAAAUUUAACUUUCGACUAUUUCCCAACAAUAAUCACGAGGUUCAAGUAUCUAAGGAAGAACCAAUUUUUACUAUUAAUCCGGCCUUAAUUCCGCUGGUUUCCCACUUUAUGUCACUGCUUCCUUCGAUUAUCGAACCCAUUAUUGGGCAAAAAAUCCCUCCCGUUAUAGCUGGCGGUGCUGCGGCCGAGUUUGAAAAAAUCCUCCGUGCCAAUGGUGAUGAUUUGCGAAAAGCACUGGAUUUUUUAAACAAGCUUGGUGAUGGGCUGUUAAAAAUUGAGGAUAGGGUCGGCAAAAUCGAGGAAGUUCUUAACAACUCUUCGCAACAACAAGGAAUAAUCAACGAACGAUUAACCGGCCUUGAUAACAAAUUUCAAAAUGUUCGCUUAACUCACGAACAUCGGGAAACGAAAUCCUUAGAAUAUAAAGAACCGCCUCGCCACUUGUUACGACAAGAACUAAACAAAAUUAAUGCGAGUAGCCAACUUCUGCCUAAACUCGUUGAGGAAAUGGCCAAAACUAAUAAUUUCUUAGCAGAAUUCGGAAAAGCCAUCCAAGAAUGA